UCUCCCACUCUCCUCUGGCUCCUGGUGAGGCAGUGACCUUGUAAGCCCAGCUGGAGGUCGACAGAGACAGAGAUACGAGUGAGGGAGACAGAAGAAGAAGAAGAAGGCGACAGAGCCCAGGCUAAAGAGAAUGAAAUCUCUCCUGACUUCCCGCAUUGGGUCCCUCCGAUUCUUCUCCACCUCCACUACCCAGCAGAUGAAAAACAGAGUCCCCGAAUACCAAAAGCUCUUCCAGGAGGACAACGGCCUGCCCGUGCAUCUCAAAGGAGGGACCACAGAUGCAUUGAUGUACCGCCUCUCCAUGAGCCUCAGCAUCUUUGGGGUUGCCUAUUGCGUCUUUGAACUGUACCGAGCUGCUAAUCCAAAGAAGAAGUCAGAAUGAAGCUUGCAGGGGCAAAGCUGGACGUUCAGCCCCCUCCCACAUAUGAUCCAUCCCUCCUGCUCCCCCCUCCCUUUUUAGCCACUGCAGCAAAGAGAAGGACAUAAAACAUAUUUUGUGGAGGAGCGGGAAUCACCAAACCUGUAGAUUAUUAGGAAAAGUUUCUUCAAAAUAUACAUAGAUACAAUCCUUUUAGUAACAUAAAGAAAUAAAUAAACAAAAAAGACAAGAUUUGUCCAUCCUUAAAAAAUGCCUUGUUUUUUUUAAAAAAACCACCUCACUUACAUCACAAAUUUGGAAAAUUGUAACAAAAUAGGAAUAUCAAAAUUCACAGUGCCAAGUUGCAAUUUAAACCAGGCCAUGCAUGCGUAGGUAUGAGGAUAGGAGGUUGCCCUGUACUAAAUCAAGACUGUUUGCCCAUCUAGCUCAGUAAUGUCCACUCCAGCAUUCAUCAAGCUGGUGCCUUCCAGUUAUUUUGCAUUAUAGCCAGUGGAAACUGGUGGCUCCGAGGUCAGUGGGGCAGCGAAUCCUCUCCGGGUUUUAGUCUGAACUUUCAAGAAGCUGCCCAAGGUGCUGAAAGCCUUUCCGUUGUUUUGCACCUUGGACAGCUCCUAGGUUGUUCGGAGUAAAACCAGCCUCCACUGACUACAACUCCCAUCAGCCCCAGCCCACACAUUGCAGACCAAAAGAGGUGGAGGACACCAGGUUGAUCAGUGCUGAUCUACUCUGACUGGCAGUGGCUCUGCAAGAUCUCAGGCAAAAAAAAGUUAUUUCUCCUCACUUGCUACCUGAUCCUUUGAAAACAGUGGUGCCAGAGACUGAAUGUGGGACCUUCUGCCUGCCAAGCAGUGCUCUGCCACUGAACUAUGGUCCCUCUCCAGAUGUUGUCUGUAGGUGUGGGUAUUGUGUAUCAAACAGAAUAUGCUUGAGAGAUACUAAAGCAUCAUCAUUCCCACCCCUGGCUUAAAAUGAAAGAGAAUUUAAUACAAAUAACUCAUAAAACUGAGCAGCAUGAACAUUUAUCCUACAGUUAGAGUUAAAGGUUGGUUUUACUUUAUUUACUUAUCGGUAUUUAAAAAAAAAUAAAACGUAAACAGGAGAAA